AUGGUGAACGCGACAAAGGCGCCGGUCUACUUCAUCAGCCAUGGUGGCCCACCAACUAUGUUCGAGCACACACACCCCGCCUACCAGCACUGGCUAGAGUGGGGUAAGGAGGUGCGCACACUCCAUGAUCAAGGCGUUAUUCGAGGACUUGUCUUUGUCAGUGCCCACUGGCAGGCUGAGGAUCUCAGUGAGGGUGUCUACCUCAAUGUCGAUGAGAAGAAUCCGCUCGUCUACGACUUUUAUGGCUUCCCGGAUCACUUUUACAAGCAAAAAGUCGAGUCUUCGAACCCUUCGAACCUUUCAGCUCUCGUUCUUGAACACCUUCGCGAUAGUGGCCUUCCUGUAUAUCCAGUCAAUCGCGGCAUCGAUCAUGGCGUGUGGUGUCCUCUCAAAGUGGCUUUCCAGAGGCCUUACCUCGAAGACCUUUGCCCCGAGCAGUGCAAGUCGCAGCGAGCCUCGAUUGAUACUCCUUCGAUUCUUCCUUCCACUUUGUCGCUCACGCAGGUCUCUCUACCGGCCUCGGACUCCUCGAUGGACUCGCUCAAACUUGGCGCAUCGCUGCGAGGGCUUCGUGAGCAGGGGUUCGCCAUCGUUGGUGGUGGCAUGUCUGUCCACAACCUGCAUGACAUGAUGAGGUCCUUCGCAUCAGCAGAUGGUAGGGGACUGGGCAAGUUGCAGCCAAACUCUUACUCCGUCACCUUCCUCAAGGCGCUUGACGAGGCCAUGACCGUUCCAUCGGCAGCAAGAGAUGAAGACAAGUGGAGCAACGCAUUGAAGCUUGAACAGAGAAGCGACUUCCUCUCGGCUCAUCCCACACCAGAACACUUUUUGCCUGCGCUCGUAGCACUUGGUGCUGCUCAUGCUGACGAGCAAGGCAAGCUUACCUUUGCCCAUGACGAAGGUCCCAUGGGCUGGUGA